AUAUGAUUAAAAAUUAUCAAAUUGUAAAAUAUUUUUAUUCAUUUCAUGCAUAAAAAGUAAAAUUAAACUUGAAAAUAACCAAAAUAAGUUGAAAAGAACCAGCGACCCCCACGUGUUGUUGUCUUCCUUUCAUUUCUGAGCCAGGGCGAAGGCGGCAUGACCUCAAAGCGACGCAACAACGGGCGCUCCAAGCACGGGCGCGGCCACACCAAGCCCGUGAGGUGCACCAACUGUGGCCGCUGUGUGCCCAAGGACAAAGCCAUCAAGAAGUUCCAGAUCAGAAACAUUGUGGAGGCUGCCGCUGUGAAGGACAUCAAUGAGGCUUCUGUUUAUACUAUGUACCAGUUGCCCAAGCUGUACAUCAAGCAGCACUACUGUGUGUCGUGUGCCAUCCACUCCAAGGUGGUGCGCAACCGAAGCCGCAAGGCCAGGAAGAUCCGCACACCUCCCCCACGCUUUCCCAGGGCCCAGGUGAGCACCCCUCGCCCAUAGGACACAAGACCACAGAAUUAAAAGCAAGAGGAGUAUGGAGAUUUAAAAAAAAACAACAACAUGGCUCUUUUUCAUCAAUCCGUCUGUACGCCCCUGAACGCCUCCGUGUUCUGUUGUAAGGACGGGGCGUGUUCAUGCUGUACGCCAGCAAACUUGUCACGGUUGGAUUGAAUAAAGGAGUUGAAAUGU